GCAGAUCGGUGGCAAAAGAUUGUUGAAAACGAUGGCCUUUAUUUUGAAGAGUAGUUGUUAUUGUUUUUAAAUAAAUUUGCGCAUAAAAAUCAACUUUUCGCAAGUAUUGCAGAACUUUUUGGCCAACCUAGUAUCUCAUAUGCAUAGAUCAAAGUGCACAUAUCCAACUUUUUUAAGUCGGACCUCCCCAGGGGGUCCCAUCGUGCCCAAUGUGUUAAGGUGUGCUAUUCUAUUAUGGAAAUGGCAUUUCCGGUAUUAGGUAUUAUUGUUUUGUUUUGGGAACAAAAAUUUUCCAGACAAUCCAGUUCCAAUAGCUGUUUUUUACCAGUUUCUCAGGCUAGAACUAUUAGCCAACUGUUAUACCUCUAGUUAUGAUGUUUCGACAGCAUGUUUAUAAUGAGAACAGAAGAUGGUUGGAUCACGGUAAAGUAAGGACUCACAUUUUGAUUGGCUCGUUGUCUCUAUAUGAAGUGAACCACAUUUCAUUGGCUGACGUGUUUGGCUCACUUACUAUAACUACUUCCGACCUAGUAUGUGUACUACUCUCUAUCAACAAUUCGAAGCCUAGUGCCGUACCAUAUCAUGAGUAAUUUCUGAUUUUUUGGAAAAGAUUGAACACCUUUUGCCAUCCCAUAGGUUCAACAAAGUUCGUAUUAAAACUGAGAAACGAGUUUUGUUCUACAAAGUCUGAAACCUUCUACGCCUAUUCACACUGUCUUGAAUGUAGUGGCGUAACCACCGGGGUGCACGAGAGUGCAAUGCCCCUCUGUAAAUGGUUUUGUCCCCUCUGUAAGUUUUUGAUUGAAAUACGAUGCACUUUUCUAUUUAUCUACCUUUAGAUAUUAUGUUUGUGACCUUAGGCAACAUGUAACUUUUCGAGACAUGGGAAAUAAGAACUACCUUUUUUAACAAUCGCCGUGAAUGCGGUCGCCUUCAGCGGCAAAAAACUUGAAAACAGCAAUGUGUGGGAUCAAUUUUUGAGAGCUUAUAGGAUCGAGAUGGGAUCUGCUUAGAAAUUCUGGUCCCGUCAAGGGAGUCAUUUUCGAAGAAAUAAUAAAUUUGAGACUUCAGAAACCUCGAUUUUUCCUUAUCAAUAUUCGGAGAGCAACUUCAUCAGUCCUGCGAAACAGAUAUCUAUGGUGUUUUAAAAUUUUUCAAAAUUUUUAGAUUUAAAUAAUGCUCAUAUUUCUGCGGGUUCUCGGUAGAAAAAUAAUAUGUCUGCAUGUCUGCAACAGAGACAUUUUUCUAAAUUGAUUGCAAAGAGAUUUUUCUAUCUGAAAAACUACAUUUUUAAUAUUAUUCGCCAGCAGAGAUGCCUGUGACAGCAAAAUCCCUGAGAAAUUUAUGGAUUUCAUCGGAUAAUAUUUCUCUCUCCAAAAAGGUUAUAAUAGAAAAAUAGAAACUCUGUCUUGAGUCUGCAAAAAUCUGUUGCACGAAACAUUCUUCCGACCUAUGUGCCAUUUUAUGGAUUUCUUCGAACAUCGACAUUUUUGCAUGAGAACCAGUUAGGAACAACCAGAUAUUCGUACACUAUAGGAUGCAAAUACAAUUAAUGUUUGUCUUGAUGGGCAAAGCUUGUAACCAUCUUCCAAUCUCCACCGCCGACCUUGGUCAAUUGUAGAUGCUCCCCAUCGAAUGAUAAAUUUUUCUUUCAUCACAUCAAAUGCUUGAAGGGCAUUGCCCUUCUGUAAGUUUUCCUGGUUACGCCACUACUUGAGUGUAGCUCAAUACACAUUUUUUCCAGCUAGAGUAAAUUGAAAUGAUUCUAUCUAGGAUGGUCUAAUGCUGGUAGUAUGAAUAGUGCACGAAGUCAGCACACAGCAUCUUUGUUAACAAAUGGAAAAGUGCUAGUUACUGGUGGUGACAAUAACUUUGAUCCUGCUCUAAAUAGUGCUGAGUUGUAUGAUCCAUCAACAAGAAAUUGGACGGUUACUGAUAGCAUGAAUAACGCACGACAUCUACACACAGCAUCCGUAUUAAUAAAUGGAAAAGUGUUAGUUACUGGUGGUGAAAAUGGCGCUGCUGGUGUUAUUAAUAUUGCUGAGCUAUAUGAUCCAUCAACAGGAAUUUGGACAACUACUGGUAGCAUGGGUGGCGUACGAAGUUCUCACACAGCUUCUGUAUUAACAAAUGGAAAAGUAUUAGUUACUGGCGGGAAUAAUGGUGAGGUUUUUCUAAACAGUGCUGAGCUAUAUGAUCCAUCAACUGGAACUUGGACAACUACUGAUAGUAUGAGUCAUCGACGACAAUGGCAUACAGCAUCCGUAUUAACAAAUGGAAAAGUGUUAGUUGCUGGAGGAUCUGAUAGCCCUAUGCUAAACAGUGCUGAGUUGUUUGAUCCAUCAACAGGAAUUUGGAUAACUACUGGUAGUAUGGGCAUUGGACGAAGUUUACACACAGCAUCCGUACUAACAAAUGGAAAGGUAUUGGUUGCUGGCGGGUAUAAUGGUGGUAGCCUAUAUGAUGCUGAGUUGUAUGAUCCAUUGACAGGAACUUGGGCAACUACUGGAAGCAUGAAUGAGGCAAGAAAAGGGCAUACAUCAUCCGCGCUAACGAAUGGAAAAGUAUUAGUUACUGGCGGAGAUAAUGGUGAGGUUUUUCUAAAUAGUGCUGAGUUGUAUGAUCUAGCAACAGGAACUUGGACAACUGCUGGUAGUAUGACAUCCAUAUUAACAGAUGGAAAUGUUUUAGUUGCUGGUGGUGAUGAGGCUGAUCCUAUUGCUGAGUUGUAUGUUCCAUCGACAGAAGCUUCGGCAACUAUCGAUAAAAUGAACAAUACCCGAAGUAAUUGUAAAACACUGGUAUUAACAAAUGGAAAGUGUUAA